AUUCAGAUCCGAGAUACUCAGCAGCAGCAGCAGAGUGUCUGGAAUACCGCGUCUCGGCUCCUUGUUGUGUGGAUUUUGCAGAUAGAAAGCAAUUAUCUGUUAGAAGAAGUAAAGAGGUCAUACACGCAUAGGAUCUGCUACUGAUAUCCGCCAUGGACGACAGCUUAUACGACGAGUUUGGAAAUUUUAUUGGCGAUGCUGAUGAUUCGGAUGCCGAGUCGCAGACGCAGUCCGGGGAGCAGAAUGAGUACAAUGAGGACGCGUAUCUAGACAAUGAUGCAAUGUCUGAAGCGUCGCAUGCCGAGACUACAGGUCAGGAACUUAUGGAGGUCGAUAAUACGCCCGUGAACGCGGUUAUACUACACGAAGACAAGCAGUACUAUCCCUCAGCCGAGGAAGUAUACGGCCCUGAUGUCGAAGCACUAGUUCAAGAGGAAGACACGCAGCCUCUCUCCGAGCCCAUCAUCGCACCGAUUAAAGUGAAGAAAUUCACAGUCGAGACCACAGAUCUUCCCGAAGCAACCUUCUCUCGCGAGUACAUGAUGGACAUUAUGAAUUUCCCCGAUCAGAUCCGCAACGUUGCGAUCGUGGGGCAUUUACACCAUGGGAAAACGGCGUUGAUGGAUAUGCUCGUGCAGGAGACACACGAGUUGAAGGAUUACACGCGAAAACGACUCGGCGAACAGAUCAGAUACACAGACACCCACAUCUUGGAACGCGAACGCGGGCUAAGUCUUAAAUGCUCGCCCAUGACCCUGCUCCUGCCGAACUCGAAAGGAAAGACCAAUCUUUUUAACCUUCUAGACACCCCCGGUCAUGUGAAUUUCGUCGACGAGGUCGCGUCCGGAAUGCGUCUUGCUGACGGUGUUGUGCUGGUCGUUGACGUUGUCGAGGGUGUCAUGAUCAACACUCGACAAAUCCUACAACACGCAAUCUCUGAAAACCUCCCCAUCACUCUCGUCAUCAACAAGCUCGACCGACUCAUCCUCGAGCUUCGCUUGCCUCCCGCAGAUGCAUACUAUAAGCUAUACUACUGCGUCGAGCAAGUCAACAAGACUAUCCAGGAGCUCGCUCCCGGAUCAUCCAUCAGACUCUCGCCCGAGAAAGGAAACGUCUGUUUUGCGUCCUUCGACCUGGGCUGGUGUUUUAGCUUGAAGUCGUUUGCUGAUAUGUACAAUGGCGUUUACGGAGGUGUGAACGCGGAUGAUUUCAGCAAACGACUAUGGGGAGAUAUUUACUUUGAUCAUGAGACUCGGAAAUUUGUUCGACGGGGAUUGUCUAGCUCGACCAAGCGGUCGUUUGUGGCAUUUAUCCUGGAGCCUCUAUAUAAGCUUUUUGGCACUACCCUCGGCGAAGACACAGACACUUUGAAGCGGGUACUAGGAAAGCUAGGGAUCCAUCUGAAGCCUGCGCAGUUUAAGCUCGACCCCAGACCAUUACUGAAGCUUGUUUGCCAGGAAUUUUUCGGCAGCUCAACAGGGCUUGUUGAUAUGAUGCUCGAGUUCAUCCAGUCACCAGUCGAGAGCGCAAAGUCCAAAAUCGAGACCUGCUACACAGGCCCGCUCGACACGGAUCUGAGCAAAGCUUUGAUGACUUGCGAUCAAGAAGGUCCGCUUGUGAUCAACAUUACAAAACUUUUCAGCAGCAGCGACGCGUCUGAGUUCUACAGCUUUGGCCGAGUGUUUAGCGGCACGAUCCGAGCUGGUCAGCAGGUGCGGAUUCUCGGCGAGGGAUACUCGCUAGAUGAUGAAGAAGACAUGGUGCACGCUACCAUUUCCGAGAUGUGGAUUCCCGAAGCGCGGUAUAAAGUCCCAGUCUCUGGAGUUCCGGCCGGUAACUGGGUUUUGAUUGCUGGGAUCGACAUGUCGAUUGUGAAGACGGCGACGAUCGUGCCCAAGAACAUGUCUGACGACAGCUAUAUCUUCAAGCCUAUCAGCCAUAUGACACAGUCGGUUUUCAAAGUAGCGGUGGAGCCCGUGAAUCCUUCGGAACUGCCAAAGAUGCUGGACGGACUUCGACGGGUGAACAAGAGCUACCCGCUGCUGCAGACCAAGGUCGAAGAGUCGGGAGAGCAUGUGAUUUUGGGAACGGGCGAAUUGUACAUGGACUGCGUGCUGCAUGACUUGCGAAGACUUUAUUCCGAGAUCGAGAUCAAGGUCUCAGAUCCGGUGACUCGAUUCUGCGAGACGGUCGUCGAUCAGUCGUCGAUCAAGCCAUACGCAGAGACACCCAACAAAAAGAACCGAAUUUCAAUCAUCGCCGAGCCCCUGGACGACGGAAUCGCGGAGGAUAUCGAGACCGGCAAUGUUGUGCUCGAGUGGCCGGUCAAGCGGGUGGCCAAGUUUUUCCAGGACAAGUAUGACUGGGACGCGCUUGCUUCGCGGUCGAUCUGGGCGUUUGGACCUGAGGAGACCGGGCCUAAUAUUCUACUGGACGAUACGUUGCCAACCGAGGUGGAUAAGAAACUGCUAAACUCGAUUCGCGAAUCUGUCAAGCAGGGAUUUCAGUGGGCGGUGCGCGAGGGUCCUCUGUGUGAAGAGCCGAUUCGCAACACAAAGUUUAGGAUUAUGGAUGUCUCGCUUGCGCAAGAGCCAAUUUACCGCGGCGGAGGACAGAUUAUUCCUACCGCUCGACGGGUGUGCUACUCAUCCGUGAUGACUGCGUCGCCGCGCCUGAUGGAGCCUCUAUACGCGUUCCACAUCACGGGCCCGGCCGAGUGUCAGGAGGCGAUUUUCCGGAUUCUGGAGCGGCGGAGAGGAUAUGUGCUGAAGGACGAGCCGAUAGCGGGGACUACUUUACAGCUGAUCAUGGGCUCGAUCCCGGUGAUUGACUCGUUCGGGUUCGAGACGGACGUGAGGGUCGCGAGCCAGGGACAAGCGCUUUGCUCGCUUGUGUUUGAGAAAUGGCUUGUCGUGCCCGGAAAUCCGCUUGACAAGGAGAUGACUGUGCCGCCGCUGCAGUCUGCGACCGGACAGGCUCUGGCGCGCGAUUUCGUGCUGAAGACCCGUAGACGGAAGGGAUUGAGCGAAGAGCCGACGUACUACACGUCGUAGGGUUGUAUAGUUGAUGUUUAUGUAUAUUAAAAUGUUUGUAGCGCAAUAAGAGCUGAAUUAGAAGCGACUUUGUUUACUUUGUUGAUUAAUCAAAAACGCCGGAGGCCUAAUCGCG